UAGUCGCUGAGUUGUCGCUGUAGGCUCAGUGUAGUCUCAGUGUAGGUCUCGACUUCGACUUCGGCGAAAUUGAGCAGGCGGCGGACCCCACACUUUCAACUCAACUUGCACCAGCUCCCGACUUCAAGUACUCUACCUAGCUAGAGCCAGGCCCCUACUCUUUACCGUCAAGACAUCAUCCUACAGCAUGUCUGCACCCAAUGCAAACAACCCGGCUGCAGCAGCACCCCAAAACAUCUCUGCUAGCUCACCCGCAGCAGCACCCGAUGCGCCUAUUGCUCAAUCUGCCCUCUCCCACGCCCAGAGUUUCCCAAACUUCAUCACAAAGGAUGACAUCAAGGAGUUCCCUGAAGGCAGCGAUGAAGCUAAACAGCAAUUCAAGGAGUUCACUGCGCGUGGUAAAAGUCUCAUUUCACCACCCAUCCAUACCCGUGGACAACCAGACACGAGUUAUGUUAGGAACAAACAUGUUGUGAUUACAGGCGGUGCUGGUGGACUUGGCAGGCAAAUGGCGCUCAAGUAUCUUGAACUGGGCUGUUAUGUGACGAUUGGUGAUUUGGAUAAAGUCAAUGGCGAAAAGCUCGCUGCUGCACACCCAAAGUUGCGAUUCGUGCAGUGCAACAAUCUCAGUUGGAAGGAUCAGUGCAAUUUGUUUGAGGUGGCCUUCAAGCGUACUGAAAUUCCCGGUGGUGGUGGCCGUAUUGAUAUCGUCGUUGCCAAUGCCGGUGUCACGGAGAUGGGCUUCUUUAUUGAAGACAAUUUGAAUGAACCACGCCUACGCACACUCGACAUCAACUUGCGCUCUCAAUUCUUUACAGUCAAGUUGGCACACUACUAUUUCCGCAGGUCGCCAGCAUACAAUGCCAAUCCGGCACACCAGGGUAAACCGCGCGAUUCGGCACUCGUCUUGUUGGGUUCCAUGGCAUCGCUCGGUGAGAUUCCAGGCGCACCAGAGUAUACUGCCGCGAAACACGGUAUGCUGGGUCUCAUGCGAUCACUCCGUCGUACAUCACCAGCAGAAGGUGUUCGCGUCAACAGUAUCCACCCUUGGUUCGUCAAGACUGGUAUCAUUGAUGCUAAAGUCAAGCUUGUUUUGGCAGGUACCGUGUAUGCUGAUAUCAAUGAUGUUGUACGUGCAGCAUUGUUUUUGACCUGUCCAAGCCCUGUUGCUGAAAAGCCGAAUGAGUUUGCUUUGGCCAAUGGACGUGCCUUGUCGAUUAUGGAGCCAUCGCAAGGUGUGGUGGAUGUAUUCCCCUCAACGGAGGAUAGCACAGGUGACUUUUUGGCCUUUAUGCAGCGUACGGGUGCUGUGUUCAACUUGCGUGGUAAAUAUAUGCCCUGGUUCGCUUGGCUUAAGGAUACGGUGCACUACUCGACCUUGUUCUUCAAGUGGCCUAUUAUGGUGGUUUUGCUGACGCUUGCGUUGCGCAGCGAGCGUGGCAGAUUGCUUUGGAUGGUGCUGAAGAACAAGCUGCAGAACUAGGCUCUCUCGGAUGACUCUACAAGCUUAUGGUAUCUUAUAGUCGUUUAUAGAGUCCAUCUUCUCUUCCCCUGAAUCAGACGACGUCAACUUUCUGAUUCUUUGCGAUUUGAGAAACAUUCAACAGCCCCUUCCUUGUCUUUGCCGACGUAUCGCAUGGGAAGUUCUGAAACAAACCUAUGUCGAUGCAAGCUAUGAAGCAACACUUUACUAGGCUGUCCCGAAGUGCUGGACUUCUACAGUACAGCAAUUCUCGCACUACGUGGGAGCGACACUGCAGCGAAGUUGAC